AUGGAAAUCAUUCCUGAAGGUAGACACUUUCGUUUGGUGCAUGAAUCAGAGCUUCCAGAAAUUUUGGUAACAUUAGAACGCUAUCUGCCGGAAUCAUUAAAGUUUCAUCAAACCAUAAAAACGUACCUGAAUGAUCGUAUUUGGGACUUUAAAUUUUAUGUUGCUAAGGAUUGGCCCGAGAAACCCAUAAUUCUACAUUUUCCAGGAUGCACGCUUACGCCGCACAACAACAUAUACCAAGCAUUUGGCAUAUUUUGUCCAUCCGCAGAAAUCGAGCAUGUCGAUAUGAUGCGCACCGAAGAUGUCCUUAUAGAUUGGCAGAAGCCAUUGUACCUGAACUUUACGCACAUCGCUAUUAUGAAUCGCCUGGAUGAGUUCUAUUCGAAGUUUGGGCUUAUGGAGCGUUUAAGCGGUGAUAUCUAUGUAUGUAAUAAGCUCAAUACGGAUCUGGAGCUGGAGCCAUUGCCAGAUGAUGCGGAGAUGCGUCUGCUGACGCUGGACAAUGUGCAGGGCAUACACGAUUUAUAUCCGGCCAAUGAAAUUGAAUGCGUCAAACUGUUUGAUAUACUGGUGCGUAAGCUGCCAGGCUUAGGAAUCUUUCGCAAGGAUACCAAUGAGCUGGCCGCCUGGAUGGUGCACUCAUACUAUGGCGCUAUGUUUUCAAUGCAAACUCGUCCAGAUUAUAGACGCAUGGGCUAUGGCAUACGCCUGGCCAAGGCGUUGACUCAGCUCGUCAUUGAGCGCGGCUACACACCCUUCGUUGUCAUACGUCCACAGAACGAUGCGUCCCGGAAUCUCUAUACGAAGCUGGGCUAUGAGAAGGCAUUCGAGACUUGCCGCGUACGCAUGACGCCCGAUUGUUAUGAAGACAGCACAGUGGGCACCAUAAGUAAUACAUCGUAUGCCAAGUUUCCACCGCUGCCCCAAGGUGAGUGCGUGGUGGUGUCGUUGCGCAAGCAUGUUCCCGGCGAGAGUCAGGCGGUGGACGAUGAGGGCAUCGAGGAUAUGUUGGCUGAAAAAUGUGAUAUCAGCAACGAAGAGGCUAGAGAGCGCAAGACCACAACCGAUGAGGGGAUAGGCGAGGAUAAAUAGUCAGCGGCUCCAAGAGCUGCAGACACUGAGAGACUCACAGAUUGAUUUGGAGCGUCCACACACACAACACUCACACACACACACUCACACCCAUAUAGCUAUUCAUAUGCGUGUGUGUAUAUCUAAAAAUAUUUGUAUGUCAACUACUAAGCAGGCAGUUGGUAGCGUUAAUUUUUUAACAAUUAUAUUAAACAAAUAGCAAGCAGACAACAAGAAAUUAUAUAUAUUGUAUUUACAUCGGUAUCGGUAUAGGUGUAUGUACGUUUAUAUUUAUAGAAGGUAUAUGAAGCUUCUUCACACUAAGCGCAGCGUGUUUUCAUAGAUUGAAUGAAGGAGAACCAAGAAAAAGAUAAACAAAACGAUUUAUUUUAUAUAUAGCUUGGACAAAGCGAGCCUAACAAAAAAUCUUAACAAUAAUUGCCUACAUACUAUAAAGGUCAGAUUUUAAAAGUGAACAAACCAAAUGAAAUACCAUAUGUAACUUUUUAAUUUUUUGCUAAGAAUGCUUUUACAAAUAUGAAAAUCCACACAAAGCAUAAAAACAUAAAUGGAACAUUGCGAACAAACAAAAUGAAGCGCAUAAAUUUAUUAUAAAACUAUUAUUA